UCGUCCUCUGGAAAUCACAACAAUGGGCAGUGUUUUGGCUGCCAGCUCCCCCAACCCCCCUCCCCCUUCCUCCGGCGGUGCCGCCGCCGCCCCCUCCCCCGGGUUGACGGUGUCGCCAGGCUUCGGGAUGCCCCCAGUUCUACCCCCCACUGGGGAAGCCUCGGGACAGGAGGAGGAGGCGGACUCCUCCUUACCUAACCCCGGUGGAUUUGACGAGUGCCAUCGCAAGUGCAAAGAGGUUUUCCCCAUGCAGAUGGAGGGUGUCAGGCUAUUCGUCAACAAGGGCCUUAGCAACCACUUCCAGGUGAAUCACACUGUGCUGCUGAGCACCACGGGAGACUCCACCUACAGGUUCGGCGCCACAUACGUCGGAACGAAGCAGAUGGGUCCGGCAGAGUUUUUUCCUGUCAUGGUUGGAGACAUGGACAACAGCGGCAGCCUCAACGCCCAGAUCAUCCACCAGGUCGCCAGCAGAGUACGAUCCAAACUAGCCUUCCAGACACAACAAAACAAGUUUGUGAACUGGCAAGGCGACGCUGAGAUCAAGGGAGAAGAUUUUACUGCGACCAUUACUCUUGGAAACCCCGAUGUCCUCGUCGGCUCCGGUAUCGUCGUAACACACUACCUCCAGUCCAUAACGCCGGCUCUGGCUCUGGGGGGGGAGCUGGUUUACCACCGUAGGCCGGGAGAGGAGGGCACCGUGGUGUCUUUAGUCGGCAGAUACACGGGCAGCAACUACAUCGCCACGUUGACGCUCGGCUCUGCGGGAGCUCAUGCUUCAUACUAUCACAAAGCCAACGAGCAGCUGCAGCUCGGCGUGGAGUACGAGGCGAGCACCCGCAUGCAGGACACCAGCGUGUCGUUCGGCUACCAGCUAGAUGUGCCUAAAGCUAAUUUGCUGUUUAAAGGUUCAGUAGACAGUAACUGGGUAGUCGGUGCCACGUUAGAAAAGAAGCUGCUCCCGCUGCCGCUCUCUCUGGUCCUCUGCACCUUCCUCAACCACCAAAAGAACAAGUUCCAGUGCGGCUUUGGCGUCACCAUCGGUUAGAGCGACCGAGCGGCGGGUCGCCGGCCUGCAGACCGACCUCACAGAACGGACAGACUCCCCAUGGACGAGCAGCCUACGCUGUGUGUGUGUGUGUGUGUGUGUGUGUGUGUGUGUGUGUGU